AGUCUACUCCAAGCUUUCCUUUGUUUUUCUUCCUAUUUUCUUUUUCUUUUUCCUCAGAUAAGAACCAAACAACUCCUAAGAAUUUUUUUUUAUUUUUCUUUCUUUUCAUUCACUUUAUGUUCCAAACAGAGCCUUAAUUUUCUCCCGACCCCGCCCCGGCCCCCGCCACCAGAAAAUUUGACGGAAAUUCACCCGGAUUGGAUUGCGUCGGGGCGGAACCAAUCGCCAUCCUAGGACUCGUUUGUGCGGAAAUUCUACUGCUGUCGUCCCUUUUGGGGCUACCAAACCGAGCAUUCUCUACGAUGUCGUUUUAAGGUGGAUUAGCGUAGCUAUUUCUCUCUCUCUCUCUCUCUCUCUGUGCCAGGAUCUCCACUCUCCAGUCGGAUCGGAGCCCAGGUGGAAACUAUCAAUUUUCGAGUAGCUUUAGAAAACUAGUAUGGCCAGUACAGCUUGUUUCAUGAUAGUUAGCAGGAAUGACAUUCCUAUAUAUGAAGCUGAAGUUGGCACUGCUGUCAAGAAAGAAGAUGCCGCUCAUCAGCACCAGUUCAUAUUACAUGCUGCGUUGGAUAUUGUCCAGGACCUUGCUUGGACAACAAGUGCUAUGUUCUUGAAGGCAAUUGACAGAUUUAACGAAUUGGCGGUGUCAGUAUAUGUUACUGCUGGUCAUACGCGACUUAUGCUACUUCAUGACUCCCGUAAUGAUGAUGGAAUCAAAAGCUUCUUUCAAGAGGUCCAUGAGCUGUAUAUAAAGGUUCUUCUAAAUCCACUGUAUCUACCUGGCUCUCGGAUCACAUCAUCUCAUUUUGAUACAAAAGUUCGAGCCCUUGCAAGAAAAUACCUAUGAGGCUAUCCUUUUAUCCACCAGACACUGGAGCUUGGAAUUAGGACUGCUAAUUUGGAUGGAGUUCUCCAAAUUCUCCACUCAAUAUGUAUGUCACUUGAUCUUUCAUUUGUUUCACUUGCUUUUGAACCAGCAUCAAUCUUAUUUUGCCUUAGAUGAUUUCCUUUUAUCACGUUGAACAUUGUAGCAUAAAAGAACUCGAUUUAGCCAUUAUAGCGUCCUUUCCGAUUUGGUGUUCAGACAAGUGUAAUGUACUUUGUCAUACAAUACUCUUUACAUCCUUAAAUUGAUCUGCAUAAACAUACGAUUUCCACUGUU